AUGGACCUCCUCCAACCGAAGACUUUUGGGCCCGACCCUUGAGGAACUAAAGGCUCUCUGAGCAGUGCCUUCUCCCUAUUUCCCCCUCCCUUUCCCCCCACCACCUUACCAUUCCUUGCAUCCACACAACACCAUGAUCCUCGCCUGGUUUGGCUUCCACAGUUUCCUGCUCCGUCUCUCCAACCAUCCCAGGUGGGGUCGUUGUGACACGGGUCUUUGCCAACAACACUUUCUCCUCUGGCUUUUGCUCCUUUGUUUGCCCUGCUGUGUCCAGCCAAGUACUUUUAAGGUGGGCGUGAUGGGCCCCUGGACCUGUGACUCCAUCUACGCCAGCGCCUACCCUGACACAGCGGCCCAGUUGGCCGUUUCUCGCAUCAACAAAGACCCAACGAUCAACCAGGGCUACUGGUUUGAUUACGUCCUCCUCAACGAAGACUGCCAGACGUCGAAGGCCCUGGUGGGCUUCGUCAACUCCGAACGUUACGCCUCUGGGUUUGUAGGCCCCGUCAACCCCGCUACCUGCGAGGCGGCCGGGUUGUUGGGAAAAGCCUGGAACAAGCCGAUCUUCUCCUGGGCUUGCUUGACCGAUGACGCGGAGGUGGAGCGUUUCGGCACCUUUGCCCGCCCGUUGCCGCAGGCCUCCGCGGUGCUCUAUACCGUGCUCAAGUACUUCCGGUGGGCGCACGUUGCCGUGAUCACCUCUGAGCAGGACUUCUGGGUGGAAGCCGGCCAAGGAUUGGCGGAGUCGUUGCGCAACUUUGGCCUCCCUGUCACUGUAGUGACCACCAUGGAAAAUGAACCUGAUGGGGCACGGGAUGCCCUCCGUAGGAUACAGAGAACUUAUGAUGUACGAGUGAUUGUCAUGUGUAUGCACUCUGUCCUGCUGGGUGGGGAGGAGCAGCGCACCCUACUGGAGAAGGCCGAGGAGCUGCGCAUGACAGAUGGGACCUACGUUUUCAUCCCUUACGAUACCCUGACUUACAGCAUGCCCUACCAGAAAGAGGCCUAUACUAUGCUGGACGACAGCAUCAAACUGCGGCUGGCCUACGAUGCGGUGCUCACCAUCACCAUUGACUCUCCGGAACGCUCCUUCCGACAGGCCUUCAGGGAGGCUCAGGAAAAAAGGGAAAUCCCUGGUCAUCUUGAUGCUGACAAGGUGCAUCCUCUGUUUGGUACCCUUUUCAACUCCAUCUACUUCCUCGCCAAAGCCGUGGAGAGCACCCGUAAGGCCGGCAAGUGGGUGAUGGGCACCAGCAUCGCGGAGAACACCAAAGACUUUGAGCUGGAAGGCUUUAGUCAGCCACUGUCAGCCGAUGAAUAUGGAGAUGCCUCGGUCCCCUAUGUCAUCUUGGACUCGGACGGCAAGGGCAACCGCCUCUGGCCUACCUAUAGGGUGGACAUUGCCGCCGGCACCUUACGCUAUGCUGGGCACUCUGUCCAUUGGCCGCACAGUUCCACUCCCGAUUCAGACUCCAGCUGCUGGUUUGACUCCGUCACCAUCUGCACUGGGGGGGUAGGCGCUGGUUUUGUCAUCUUCCUUUUCCUUCUGGUGAUCCUCUUGGCUGCAGGUGGAGCCGCUCUUGCAUAUUAUCUUAGGCGUAAGUUUCAGCAUGCCCAACUGAUGAAAGGGCCCAAUAAAAUCGUUCUGACCAUGGAUGACUUGACCUUCAUUAACACUGGAAGCAGCAAGAAGAGGAUGAACGAAAGCCGCCCCAGUCUUCUAGGAAAGAGCGUAUCUGACAUGAAGAGCCUCAAAAGCGUGGCAGCUCAUCCAGAAAAUACAAACGUCGCUGUGGUAGAGGGAGACUGGGUGUGGCUGAAGAAAUUCCCAGGGGAAAAGCACACUGAAAUCAAACCUGCCACUAAAACGGCAUUUUGCAAGCUCCGGGAUCUGCGACAUGAAAACGUGAACCUUUUCCUGGGCUUCUUCCAUGACUGUGGGAUCUUUGCCAUCGUCUCAGAGCACUGCACCCGUGGGAGCCUUGAGGAUCUCAUCCACAAUGAGGACAUGAAGUUGGAUUGGAUGUUCAAGUCAUCGUUGUUGCUGGAUCUUAUAAAGGGGGUGAAAUAUCUACACCUUCAUAAUUUUCCACACGGGCGGCUGAAGUCUCGGAACUGUGUGGUGGACGGCCGCUUUGUCCUCAAAGUCACGGAUCAUGGAUAUAAUGAGCUGUUGGAGGCCCAGAAGGUCGCAAGAGAACCACAGAAGCCUGAAGAGCGACUGUGGACCGCACCAGAGCUGUUGCGGGACCCAGCACAGGAACGAAAAGGCACUAUUCGUGGAGAUGUGUACAGUAUCUCCAUCAUUAUGCAGGAAGUUAUAUGCCGGGCACCUCCCUUCUGUAUGCUGGAUAUGAGUCCUGAAGAGAUCAUCCAGAAAGUGGAGAAGCCGCCACCGCUCUGCCGGCCCUCUGUCUCUAUAGACCAAGCUCCGAUGGAGUGUAUUCAGCUGAUGAAACAGUGCUGGAGUGAGCAACCUGAAAAAAGGCCAAAUAUCAAUCAGAUUUUUGACCAGUUUAAGAACAUCAACAAAGGUCGGAAGACAAACAUCAUUGACUCCAUGUUACGCAUGUUAGAGCAGUACUCCAGCAACUUGGAGGACUUGAUCCGGGAACGAACGGAAGAGCUGGAGGUUGAGAAGCAGAAGACGGACAAGUUGCUUACACAGAUGCUACCCCCUUCGGUGGCAGAGGCCCUGAAGACGGGAGCACCGGUGGAACCAGAGUACUUCGAGGAAGUGACUUUGUACUUCAGUGACAUCGUGGGCUUCACCACGAUCUCUGCCAUGAGUGAGCCCAUCGAGGUGGUUGAUCUUCUCAAUGAUCUCUACACUCUCUUCGAUGCCAUCAUCGGCUCCCACGAUGUCUAUAAGGUGGAGACCAUUGGCGAUGCCUACAUGGUAGCUUCCGGGCUGCCCAAACGCAAUGGCAACCGGCAUGCAGGUGAGAUUGCCAAUAUGUCGCUGGACAUCCUCAGUGCUGUUGGCACCUUCCGGAUGCGUCACAUGCCAGAGGUGCCCGUACGGAUUCGCAUUGGCCUGCACUCAGGGCCUUGUGUGGCUGGUGUCGUGGGACUAACGAUGCCACGAUACUGUCUCUUUGGGGACACGGUCAACACUGCUUCACGGAUGGAGUCUACGGGCCUUCCUUAUCGGAUCCACGUCAACAUACGCACAGUUGAGAUCCUCCAUUCUCUCAAAGAGGGCUUCAAGUUGGAUAUUCGGGGGAAAACAGAGCUCAAGGGAAAAGGCAUCGAAGACACAUAUUGGCUUACAGGCCGCCAAGGCUUUAAUAAGCCCAUUCCCACACCCCCUGACUUGAUUCCAGGUGCGAGCAACCACGGGAUAAGCUUGGAUGAGAUCCCUGCAGAGCGAAGGAAGAAGCUAGAGAAAGCACGCCAAGGUGGAACAUGAGGCUAGUGGUGACCGAGCUCCACAAGAUCGGUGGCCUGCAUUCGCUCGCACUUUCUGACUGAUUCUGAUGAGGCCUUUCGUACAGAUGGCAGGCCAGUAGGCAGCAGGAACAACCCUUCUAGGAGAGGGGGUGAAUCAGCCGUGGGCGUGGGAUGGGCUCCCAGCCUCCUUUCCCCUCAGCUAUCCUGCUUUAAAAAACACACACACAAAUCAACCAACCCAGACAAACAUGGGGUUAUCCUCUUCACCUCCACGCACUGCAUAUCGUCCUCUGUGACUCUCGUUGGCGAGGCCAUGUGAUCCAGUUUCAGCCAUCUAAGAUUUGCUGUUCGCUCUCCAUCGGGAAAAAAAAGACACAACAGCCAGCUGCCAAGUUGGGACUUUGGCCAACUCGGACUCUGCCCCUUGGGCUCUGACCUAAAGAACCAAGCCCACUGGGGGACUCUGGUCGACCCAAGACAGGCUGUGGUUGACUCUUCUUUCUCAUUAAAGGUUCUGCUUCGUUCUUGCAAGGCUUGGAUCUCGGACUGCCAUAUUAAUAAGCAAGAGGAGACUGUUCCAUUAUCUCUCAAGUGGUGUUCUUGCUUUCGGAAAAGACCAGGGCUGAGCGAUAGCGCUUGUCGUUCCUUUGUGGCAAAUGAUGCUUGAAGAUGGAGAGGUGGCUCGAAGGAGUUACAUGUCCCAUCACCAGCAGUGGAGCGGUCCAGUUGCUGUCCCGGGCUUUGAUGCUGCCCUGCCGAUACUGGACCAGGAGACACAGGGAGGGGUUCAGGGUGAAGCAGCGAGAAGCUUUCUUCUCGGACAAAGCAGUUCAGCAUGGGAGGCUGGCCUUUGAGGAAGGGACCUCAUGCUCCUGUUUUUGGAGAGCAGGGCUAGAUUCCAUGCAGGGAUUAAAUUCAGAGGUUGAAAAGGUGCCCCAUGAGAUUUAAUUGAGGAUGGACCACUGCACAGAGCCACCACGUUUAGGCACCUUCCGAUACCUCUUCGGGAAUUCAGCUCACCUGGAGAACCACAAGGGGCAGUCUUCCCCCUAAAAAUAUUUAUAUGGCAGUCAAAAAUUGGUUUUCUUAAAGGGCUGAUUUCCUGAUACAGAGACCCCUCCAAACCAAAGGCUUUUAAGAACAGCAGAACACCAAACCUGCGUUCGGGUGAGGACAUUUACGAAUGGAUAUAUGCAUCCCUUAGCUUUCCUGAUGGAGGCCCUGAAUCUCCCAAACAAGGCCUACACAUAAGAAUAUACGUUUUGUUUGAAGAUGUGUGUUUGAUCUACAUUUUAAACAUGUCUGGUUGGUCCCCCCCUUUUUUUUUUUUUUGAAAAAGGAUGGUUUAUAAUUAUCAUUUUCUUGUUAAGAUGAUGCUUGAUCAUUUUUAGUCUUCAGGCUCAAAUAAGAAUUUCAAAGGGAUAGCUGGACUUAAUCCUCAGGGCAACCUACAAUCGUCUAUUUUUCUCCGGGUUUCAAAAGUGCGCUAAAUAUGUCCAGUAAAACAUUUCCACGAAUUUAAUCUGCAGGAAAAUUUAAAAAAAAAACGUUCAAAGAUAUGUCACCAGGUGGUUUUCUUACAGUGAUGUACGGAGACAACCUGUUUGAGCAGAACAUCUGUAUGAAAGAUUUAAAUUCUUUAAAGGGAUGUUUGCUAUUUGUCACCAGACAAAAUUUCUAUUUUUUUUUAAGGGGUAGGUGAGUGGUAAAUGCCCACCGUUUCCUCACUGGACCUAGAUUGGCCAGCCCCGAAACUUGUCUAUCAUUUUCAUAGACUGUGUAAAAAUUGUAUUUUUUUCUUUCUUCUUAUCAUUGACAGUGUUUGGCUAUUUUAUUUGUGUGUGUGU